AUGGCUGAAAAUCAAUCUCACUCUCAAUCUCCUAUACCAUGUCAUGAUCAUCAACAAGUAGCUGGUUUUGAUUGGAUGGUUCUUUUGGCAGCUAUUUUAUGUGCUUUUGUUUGUGCUCUUGGUCUUAAUACUAUGUUACAAUGUGUUUUUCAAUGUCUUGGUCGUGUACUUACCGAGCCUCUGCAAUGGAUUGCUUCUAGGAGGUUGAACUCCGGAAUCAAGAAAAAAGAUAUGGUAGCUUUGCCAACUUCAACAUAUAGUUCUCAUGACUCGGCUUCUCCUUCUUCAGCUUCUAGUUGUGUCAUUUGUUUAGGUGAAUUCUGUAAUGGAGACCAAAUAAGGUUCCUGCCAAAAUGCAAUCAUCAUUUCCAUGUGGUUUGUAUUGAUAAGUGGCUGCUGUCUCAUUCUUCUUGCCCUACUUGCAGGAAUCUCACUCGAGUCUAG